UAACUCGGCGUGCGUUUGAGGGGAUGGGCGGUUGGAGUAAAAGGAGUUGCCGGGCGAUAGUGCACCACAUACGUUUUUAUCGGGAGGAGUCUUCCUAGCAAAAUUGUACUUCAAUAUAAAAUAAAGGAAUCCCUUUGACGACUUUUUACAAAAACAUUACAUCGACUGCUGCCUUUGUAUGCCUGUUUUAACAUCCCCGCAAGUGACGGAAUCAAGGUGUUGGUGAUAGCUAACUUAGGUAAUUAGCGAUAGCUAACAUCAUUAGUUUACUAGCUUUGAAGCACAUUGCAACUUGACCGCCCCGGUCCCCGUCUCAACGCAGGACAGCACAUUGAUUGUGCGGUUGCACGCCAGUUAACAAAGCUAUCGAUAGUUUGCUAACUAGUGUGAGCAAACGUCAAGUUGACCGCUGGAGACGGUAUCUACCUGACGGUAUCUGUUGAUCCCAUCAACAACCAAUUCCCCAGCCCCUUCACCCCUCUCCCUCCACCACCCGAAACACUGGAAAUCCACAAACGGUUGGAGAGCGGCGACGGGCCAGCGGCAGGGAAGCUGGGGGUGGUACCGGAACCGCACGGAGUCGUAGCGGCUCCAGAAAAGACUAGUCGUGGGGACCUACCGCCUACUAUGGACGGGUUGGCGGUGGAGGUUCGCGGCUCGAACGGGGCCUUCUACAAGGGGUUCAUCAAAGAUGUCCACGAAGACUCACUCACAAUAGUAUUCGAAAACAACUGGCAACCAGAGAGACAGCUGCCCUUCAGUGACGUUCGGCUGCCGCCCCCAGCCGACUACCACAAGGACAUCGGUGAGGGAGAGGAGGUGGAGGUGUACUCGAGGGCCAAUGAGCAGGAGCCAUGUGGCUGGUGGCUGGCCCGGGUGAGAAUGAUGAAGGGAGAGGUGAGUCAGGGACUGUUCUACGUUAUCGAGUACGCAGCGUGCGACGCCACAUACAACGAGAUCGUCACGCACGAACGCAUCCGGCCCGUCAACCCCAACAGCCCUUCCUCCCGAAACUCCUUCCACAAGGUCCCCAUCGCCAUCCCAGAAGACCUACGGAACAUCUGUGCGAACGACAACAUCCAUAAAGACUUCAGGAAAGCCAUUGGAGCCAACUGCAUCUUCUACAGUGCAGCCUCACACGAGCUCAUCGUGCUGUCAACAAAUGAGACAACAGUGAAGCGUGCUGCUCUCCUGAGCGACAUGCACUUCCGCAGCAUCCGUACCAAGCUCAUGCUCAUGUCCCGCAACGAAGAAGCCACUAAACACCUUGAGACAAGUAAGCAGCUGGCGUCCGCGUACCAGGAAGAGGUGAAGGUAAGGGAAGACCUGAUGGGCCUGGCCAUUGGCUCCCACGGUGCCAACAUCCAGCAGGCCAGGAAGGUGCCUGGUGUCACCGCCAUCGAACUGGAGGAGGAGAGCUGCACCUUCAGGAUCUACGGAGAGACCCCAGAAGCGGUGAAGCUGGCCAGGGUUUUCCUGGAGUUCAAAGAAGACUACUUCCAGGUGCCCAGGAACCUCGUAGGAAAAGUGAUCGGCAAGAACGGCAAAGUCAUCCAGGAGAUUGUGGACAAAUCCGGGGUGGUGCGGGUCCGGAUCGAGGGGGACAAUGACAAAAAGCUUCCCCGUGAGGAGGUAGGCAAGCAGGGGGCUGGCAGAGAAGACACUGCCCCUAAACAAGAGGGCAUGGUCCCCUUUGUCUUUGUGGGAACUAAAGAGAACAUCAGCAACGCCCAGGCCCUACUGGAGUACCAUGUGGCCUACCUACAGGAAGUGGAGCAGCUGCGUCUGGAGCGGCUGCAGAUUGACGAGCAGCUCCGUCAGAUUGGGGUGGGGUACCGUGCCCCCCCUAGUCGGGUCGGGGGCACCGGCCCCGGGGACAGGGAGAAGGGCUACCUCACAGACGAGAGCAGCAACUCCACCAACCUCCACACCUCCCGCACCUACGGAGGCCGCGGACGAGGACGCAGGCCCUCCAACAGCCAGUACUCUGGAUAUGGUACUAACUCUGAGCAGUCCAACGCUUCUGAGUCAGAGGACCUCAACGAGCGCGACCAGCGGCCCCGAGGCGUGGGAGGAGAUGAGAGGGGUUCCCGUCGGGGUGGCAGGGGCCGUGGAUCCAACACCGGACGGGGUCGCGGAGGACCCGCCUCAAGGACUACCAACUCUAUCAGCUCAGUGCUGAGGGACCCAGACAGCAACCCGUUCUCCCUGCUGGAGGGUGAGAGUGAGCAGGGCGACACGGACACCAGCGAGGGAGUGGGAGGAGUAGACCGCAGGAGACGCUCCCGCCGUCGCCGUAACGACCAGGAGCCAAGCGUGAUGGACGCCGCCGCCACAGAGUCAGACAGCCAGGUCGGACCCAACGAGAACGGACUGGAUGAGGAGGGCCGACCCCAGCGCCGCAACAGGAGCCGCCGCCGUCGUAACCGCGGCAACCACCCCGAGGGAGGAUCCCCCAGCCGUGAAAGACAGCCAGCCGAGGUGACCGUGGCAGACUACAUAUCCCGCGCCGAGUCGCAGAGCCGACAGAGCCUUCCCCAGGAGACACUUGCUGCUUCCGAGCCUAAAGAGAACGGGAGCAGCGCCAAGAAGGACGAGCGCAUGGUGCCCUCCAAGCGUUCCCCUAGUAACGGCAUGGCCACGCCCAGCGAGACCCUGGUCAACGGCGUCUCGUAGAGGACUAGGUCCCACCCCCUAAAAACCCAGGUCUAGAGCAAGACUUCAUGGCAAACUCUGUCCCUGCUUGCAUUUACUUAAACCUUAAAACAGAUGAGUGAAAAACAACAAAAUACCGGAUUCAUACUUUGAGUGAGAGGGGGGAGAGAAAAAGUACAAAAAAACGACAGUCGCAUCUUACUUAAACACACGUAACGGUGUAUGUUAUCCUAUCUAUCAGUACUUAGUGCUUAUUUUAAAAAACAACUAGGUUGCCAAAAGGGCUGGUGGAUAUGACUUGAUUUAAAAGAGAACUGAAUCUCAGAAAACAGGACGAGACAAUUUUUUUUUUUAUGUUAUUACUGGUUUGGACUUGUGGUCGCUCUCCCAUUCAAACAGAAGCGUCUCUAAAAGUUGAGAGGAGAAUAGAUGCCAGCUGGAGAAAGGGAGGGAUAGGCGGAUGAGUCCAAGCGGUGAAGAACAAGUGUCAGGAGUGCUACGUACCCUGGCCUAAAUGUCGGUUGGUGAUGACGGACAGACCGAUGUGAUUAUUGAUAGACAUUGUGCCUUGAAUUUGAAAAAGUUCAUUGUUGAGUUUUGUGUCACAGGAAAGAGGUUUUUCUUUUAUUUUUGCUCAGAGAACAGACCAGUAGUGAGGGAAUGGGAGUUAAGAGUGUAGAGGUGUUAACUGUGGUAGGACAGAAAACAAGGGAACGAGUGACUGGCCAGAAAGUCUGGUGCCAAACAAAAAUAUUCAAGGCGCUUGUCCUCAGUGAGAGUGGACUGGACAGCGUUUGGGCUGUGUGUGUGUGUGUGUGUGUGAGAGAUUGUGUUUGUACGUACGUGUGCACAGUUGAGAGAGCUGGCAACCACAGGAUUAAAAUCGGGGGGGGGGGAGAACACAGAAUUCUUGGAACAUAGCCCUGGGUCGGUGGUGAGGUCACAAAGGCAGGCGAGGCCGCUCUUUUGGCCGGGCGGGGUAGGAGGAAGUGUUGCAUCACUUCCUGUCUCCCAUGCUCUACACUAGUGUCCAGGGCUGUCCCUAUACAUCCUGACAGACCGACUGACCGACAAACAAUGAGAGGUUAAGGACUUGAUGAUAUAUGGAUCGAUUUAGACUUUAAACAAAUGAGAAUUUUAGUGCCUCUUUUUCUCAUGGCCCACUAGCGGUGUGGAAUAGAGAGGUAGGGUAGCACGGCGCUCUAGCUUCCAGCCACACUUACUAAUGCCUGGGUGACCUGCAGAAUCGCGGUCUGAACGCACAUGCCACGACGACCACGAGGGAAGGGAGGUAGACGGGUUGAAGGCGAGCCACGUUGUUUCACCCUUCUAGAAUGGUCCGUGUGGUCGUGGCUGGUGGAGGAGACAGGCAGACUCGACUGACUGUGAUGCUCACAGCUUCAAAAGGGAUGAGUAGAGCCAUACACACACGGGCUUACACAGAUGCACGACCGCACCACGACACUGUUGCAAUUCAGUCACGGGCAGAGGGCUUCAGUCAGUGUGGUCGACUGUGCAUUGUGGUCAAAGGAGAAAUUACAGUGUUUUGAGAUGGAACUAUAAGCGAGAUGGUUGUCCGGUUCCUAAAGGUGGCGGUCGACAGGCGGGGGGGGGCGUGUGACUCAGAAACCCUUGGUGGCUCAUGUUACUGUCUUGGUUACCUCUCUCAACUGCGUUUUGUUCUUUCCACAUAGAAAAUAUGAAAUAAAAUGGAAAUGAAAUCAACUGUCUUUUGAGAUGAACUGGUUGAUUUCUUCUGAGUUUGCACUAUUUUUCUACAACGAUCAACAAACCAACUGCAUGAUCAUUCAGCAGUAGCUUUGCACGAGGCAGAGGGUUCAGGUUUCAGUUUCACCAUUUUAUCCGCUACUAGAACUGCUGCUAAUGUCCACCUUGAAUGUGUUUUAGAAUCCAUACCGUAGACACUUAAGAACUGUUGUGGCUUUGGAAUACCUUUCCACCACUCAAAUUCACCCACAAUAUGGCUGCCUUUUUACAAGGAUGACUAAGAAUAAAAGAAACCCCAUUUUCUUAGUGUAAUUGUUUCUUACCCUCAUUAAAUACUUAUUGUAAUACUCAGUGUAACAUUGAGCAUGAUAGAUGUUCACACAAGUAUUGAGGCUAGUUAGGGAUUGUGUUUACUGAAUUACAAUCACCCAGAUUGAUUGACCCCUUUUUCGUUUCAACUGUCUGCGUGUUAAUGCGUCAGCAGCGCACUGAGUAUUUCUAUAUUUGGUUCAUGUGUGUAUGCCUGCAUGUAGGAUUGAGAAAGAUUGAUCACUUUUGUCUUGUUAUAGUGUGAAAUGUGUACCUCGCUCCGUUGUCUUUAAUACUAUCUGCUGUUUGUGGCUCACUAUCCCCAUGUCUUUCUGGGUGGAGAGAAUGUUGACCUUUCUGUGUGUGUAUGCUAGUAGUACUGUUCAGGUACUGUCAACUCCUCAGUGUCAGGUAGGCUGGUCUUCACACAUGUUCUGAUGGCAAUAAAGGACUUCAUUGUU